UCUGCAAUGUAGCGCUCGCGGCAGCGUGCUACUGGCAGGGAUAUCGCCUUGUCGGUUUCCCGCCAAGAGGCUGCUGGGUGACUGCUCCGGGCAGUGCCUAGCAUGCAGCGUGAGGUUGGUAGCUUCCCCUUGGCGCCUUCUGUAAGGGCCAAGCUGAUCGCUGCUGGCUUCAGUACCCUGCAGGACGUAGCGGACGUGACAGCCAUUGAACUCGCUAGAGAAUCUGGAAUAUCUGAAGACAGUGCUGUGAAAGUCUUGCAGGUUUUGAGGAGAGAGAACCAGAGCGGCACAUCAGUAACCCUGAAACACACAGCAUUGGAGUUACUGGAACAGGAACAAGCCCAGGCCUCCAUUAUAACCUUCUGCUCAGCAUUAGAUGAGGUUCUUGGAGGGGGUGUGCCAUUGUCCAAGGUCACAGAAAUAUGUGGGCCGCCUGGUGUGGGAAAAACACAAUUAUGCAUGCAGCUUGCCAUUGAUGUGCAAAUCCCAGAGUGCUUUGGCGGUGUUGAUGGAGAAACCGUGUACAUUGAUACAGAGAAUGGCUUUCUCGUGGAGAGACUGGUGGAUAUUGCCAAUGCUUGUGUUCUGCACUGCAGUCUUAUAACACAGGCUCAUCAACAAGAUGACCAGAAAAUAGCCAUGCAGAGGUUCACGCUCAACAACAUAUUGUCAAAGACUCAUUACUUCAGCUGCCAGAACUAUGCUGAGCUUCUUGCACAGAUAUUUGUCCUUUCAGACUUCAUAGCCCAGCAUACCAAGAUCAAACUGGUUAUCAUUGAUAGCAUUGCAUUUCCUUUUCGACAUUCCUUUGAUGACCUUUCUUUACGGACGCGCCUUCUAAAUAUGGUGGCACAGCAGUUAAUAAAUAUUGCCAGUCAACACAAGCUAGCAGUGGUAAUAACGAAUCAAAUGACCACGAGAAUUGGACCUAGUGAGUCACUGCUUGUACCAGCUUUAGGUGAAAGCUGGGGCCAUGCGGCUACUAAUCGGAUCAUUCUUCACUGGGAAGGAUUGCAAAGAUUUGCAGCGUUAAACAAGGCAUCAAACCAGAAAGACGUCACUGUACAAUUUCAAAUAACGCAUAAAGGUUUUCGAGAUGUACAAGCUGUCGAGCCAAAUUCAGCCAAGACAAAGUCUGAAAUAAACCCACGCAAGCGCCUAAGGGAACAUGAUAAAGAAUACCAGCCUUAAAUUUAUAUACAUAAUUUUACUCUAAAUUGAACAAUUAUUUAUUUGUCUUUUGUCCAUGCACUUAGUAAAGAAUGAAAGCGUGAAAGUACGAAGAUGUUUUUUUAUAUAAUCACUAGUUAAUCUUAUAAUUGUUGUACUUACUAAUAUAAGACAAUGAUUAUUUUCUUUAAAGAGUUUUUUUUUCCACAAUCUGCACCACUUUUGUUUAUGGGCUGUGUCUGAACUUCACAUCCAUUUACUUAAAGUGGGCUGAACAUUUAAAGGGCAUCUGUCAGCAGAUUUGUCCCUAUGAAACUGGCCUCUUACAUGUGCACUUGGCAGCUGAAGGCAUCUGUGUUGGUCCCAUGUUCAUAUGUGCCCGCAUUGCUGAGAAAAAUGUUUUAAUAUAUGCAAAUGAGCCUUUAGGAGCAAUAGGGUCGGGGGGAAUGGGGGGGGGGAAACAGACCUUGUUUCUAAUCUUGAAAAACUUGUUAUAAAUGUAAACUUUUUAAUGGUAAUAAUGUUCAAAAUCACAAAUAAGCUGUAUGUCUGUAUACUGUCUUCUAUUGAAGUAAAAAUACUCAAUUAUUAAUUCUAUUUCUGUGUUUUGCUGUUAACCUAUAUUCCCAUCUCUAGAUAU